AGUUCCUCAAAUGUUCUGAAGGAUAACAUAUCUUUGGGACACCACCACCUCCUCAACAACACAAGGAUCUUCGAGGCAUACUUUUCUUCAAAAUGAAGCUCCUCAUCCUCUCUCUUGCGGUCUUGGGCCUCACAAUCUCCAACUGUCCUCUUGGCCAGGGGGCGGAGAACUGCAGCAACAAGUGUGAAAAGGAGUGUGGCGGGAGAAAACAAUGUGAGUACAUUGGCGGCGAGAUGGGCAAACCAAUUGGGUGCGAUGACAGCUGCUACAAAAAGUGCACGUACGAUUGCGAGUGUGAGAAGGUGUGUUCAGCGGUGUGUGAAACGGCCGAGGACAGCCCUUCGUGUGAGAUAGAUUGUCCUAUGACCGGGGAGUGUAGUCAUCUGAAGGCACAGAGUAACAAUGAAGAAAGUGAUGGCUCCAGUGACAGUGACAGUGACAGUGAAGGAGCUGGUGAAGGUGGGGACGCUCCUGCUCCAGCCCCAUCUGUCAUUUUGGGCUGAGAAGAAACUGAAGUGACUCCUUUCGAAGAUUAUAUAUUCAGUCAGUGAUAGGAUUAUCUUGUAAUUUUGAGGCGCAUGUAAUGUGUGACACAAUUGAAACUUUGGCAUGUGCAGUUACGAAAUUAAGUUUGUGAUGAUAUAAUACAUUUUUUGUUCUUUCCAUUUCUCAAGUUUGCCUUCUACUCUGGAGGCUUUACUUUGGAGGUAUCAGCUACGAGUUGUAUUGAAAGCGGAAUACAUUAAUGGUGUAUUUUAAAAAGCAAAUAUGUUCUGUUUUCAAAAGUCUGCCAAUGUUUAACUUUGUUUACGACACCCAAGUUUGGGAAAGUCCACGGUUUGCUGAUCUGCGACUACAAAAGUUCUCCAUUCCAAAUUCUUAGAACUGUGUUUAUGAAAGGGUUGCAGUAAUUAUAACAUUUGUGUUUGUCAAUAAAAUUUAAAACCAAC